AUGGAAUCUGAGAUACAUAUACAUAUCCUCCGUAUGGGCCGUGAGUGUGUGUGCGUACGCACAUACCGCCCGCCCAUUGGCCUCAAGCUCAGCAGCUCAGCUCAGCCCAACCCAGCCCAGCCUGCGAAGCUUUUUCGCAGUCCAAGUCAAGCUUCGGUGAUCGACGCCAGGAGGCAGAAGAAUUCCUACCCAUUGGCCCACCCAUGUCUUGUCCAGGCGCGUGACGGAUCUGCGGUUGAUACGACUUGCUAUAUUGGUCUGCUCCGAGCCUCCGAAAGGCGUCCAUAUUCGGCUCCUAAUCGAUCGUCUCACUGCAAGGAUGGUGAUGGUCUAUUCCACUUCGACCACAACUCGCAUGUCCAUGAAUCAUCUCAGGUUAACACUGCUCAUGUCAGGAAAUAUGUACAUUCAGCGACAGAGCCAGCUCGCCCAAGUCAGAUGAGCAAUUAA